UUGCUGACCGACCAAUUUUUUAAACCAGGACUACAUAGGUUGACUUUCAACGCAGCGUCCCAAUUCUCACUCUUGCAAGUCAAUAGACUUUUCCGUGACAAAAAUCUCUCCAUUACAAUUAUUUAUGCACAAUAAAUUACGCAAUUUCCCAAAAAUUAAAUAAAAAAAAGAAAUCCGAAGAAGAAUGUCUCCACUGUUCAUCGUCUUCUUCACCCUUUUCAUCCUCUGCAAUCCCAAUCAAGAAUGCGCAGAAGCCCAACCGAGCACAACGGGAUUUCAAUGCAACCCGAACCAGAGCUACCCAUGCCAAACAUACGUCUUCUACAGGGCCGCCGCCCCGGAUCUUCUUGAUUUGGCGGCCAUCGGAGACCUCUUCUCCGUCAGCCGCCGCAUGAUCGCCGAGGCCAGCAACAUCUCCACCCCGAACGCCACCCUCCGGGCCAACCAGCCCCUCUUCGUCCCCAUCUCCUGCUCCUGCAACACCGUCAACUCCACUUUCGGGAGCAUCUCCUACGCCCCCCUCGAUCGCACCAUCGUCUCCGGCGACACCUUCUUCGGACUCUCCACCACACAAUUCCAGAACCUCACGACCUACCAAUCCGUCGAGGCCGUGAACCCGACGUUGGUGGCCACGAACCUCCAAAUCGGCCAGCACGCGACCUUCCCCGUGUUCUGCAAGUGCCCGAACUCCACGGACUUGCGGAACCAGAGGAACUUCCUGGUCACCUACACCGUCCAGCCGGGGGACAGCGCGGCGGCCAUCUCCGCGAGAUUCGGGACGACGGCGCAGUCAAUACUCGACGCCAACGGGAACAGCUUGGUACCCAGCUCGACGAUUUUCGUCCCCGUCUCGCGGCUCCCGAACAUAACCCAGCCGACGAAUUCCACUCCUCCGCCUCCGGCGGCCGGAACGCCGCAGAUCAAAAAAGACAGGAAAGGAGCGGUGAUUGGGCUGGGGGUGGCACUGGGGAUUUCCCUGGGAUUGCUGGUUUUGAUUUUGGGACUCUGGGUUUGCAGGGGGAGAUCGAGGGAGGGGAUGACCGGAGAUCUGGGGGGGAACGAGAGGGGAUUUGAGAGUAAAAAGGAAGAGAGAGGGGGGAAAGAUGAUGGGUCUUUUACCAGGGAGAUGGAGGUGAAUUUAAUGGCGGAUGUGUCGGAUUGUCUGGAUAAGUAUAGGGUUUACAUGAUGGAUCAGCUGUGGGAGGCGACGGAGGGGUUCGACGGGGAGAAGAGCUUGAUUGAAGGUUCGGUUUACAGAGGCUCCAUUGAUGGCCAGAUGCUUGCCAUCAAGAAGCUCAAAUGGAAUGCCCGUGAGGAACUCAAGAUCCUGCAAAAGGUAAACCAUGGAAAUUUGGUAAAGCUGGAAGGCUUCUGCAUAGACUCAAAGGAAGCAAAUUGCUACCUAGUGUAUGAAUAUGUGGAAAAUGGCUCACUUCAUUCAUGGCUCCAUGGGGAGAAGAAGGAGAGGCUGAGCUGGAAAACACGGCUGAGCAUAGCGACCGACGUGGCCAACGGUCUACAGUACAUCCACGAGCACACGAGGCCGAGGGUCGUCCACAAAGACAUCAAGACGAGCAACGUCCUCCUCGACGCCAGCAUGCGCGCGAAGAUCGCCAACUUCGGGCUCGCCAAGUCGGGACUGAACGCGAUCACCAUGCACAUCGUCGGGACCCAAGGCUACAUUUCCCCCGAGUACCUCGCGGACGGGGUCGUUUCCGUCAAAAUGGACGUGUUCGCCUUCGGGGUCGUGCUCCUCGAGCUCGUCUCGGGGCGGGAGGCCAUCGACGAGGACGGGCGGGUUUUGUGGGCCCAGGCCGAGGGCGUUUUCCGGGGCGAGGGCGAGAGGUCGUUGGAGGAGUGGAUGGACCCGUGUCUCGCCAAGGACCCGUCAUGCUCGACAGAGAGCGUGAGUAAUGUGAUGGCGGUCGCGGUGGCGUGCUUGAACCGAGACCCUUCCAAGAGGCCUACCAUGGUGGACAUCGUGUACGCCUUGUGUAAGAGCAAGGAUUCGUUGUUCUUUGAUGUCUCCGAUGAUGGAUCGUCCCCCGGGCGUCGGGUGACGGCGAGGUAAGACGGGGCGGCCAAAACUGCAUUCCACGUUUUUUUUUUCUUCAAAAUAAAGUUCCACUUUUAAAAAAAAAUGAUUACAAAGUUUAUCUCAUUUUCCCAUCCUGUGUAUGAGUAUCAACCAUCUAUUUUCAUAUUUAAUUUUUGAGAUGAAGAGAAUAAAGAUGAUUGUUGGUG